AUGGUGACGAAGCGGGUGCCGUCGAAUAAAACCGUUUCGGAAAUUUCAUAUAGCGCGUUCAAGCAGCAAAGGCUGCCCGCCUGGCAACCGAUACUCACCGCAGGAACCGUCCUACCCUCUUUUUUCAUCAUCGGAAUCGCCUUCAUUCCCGUAGGAAUCGGUUUGCUGUAUUUCUCCGAUGAAGUCAAAGAGCACGCAAUCGACUACACCAACUGCAACAGGACCGAGGAAAUUUCCCCGGGAAAUUUCAUCGAUAAAGGGGAGCCCUGCUCUACCUACAUCAAGAACAACACCAUCGACGAUUGCAUUUGUAGAAUACGUUUUAAUUUGACCAAAGAUUUCGAAGGUAAAGUGUAUAUGUAUUACGGAUUGAGUAAUUACUACCAAAAUCACAGGAGAUACGUAAAAUCGAGAGACGAUUUUCAGCUUUUGGGAAAUCUAAAUGCCUCGCUGUCUGGGGAUUGCAUGCCGUUCGCAUUCAACAGCUCGAAAGUCCCCAUAGCCCCUUGCGGUGCAAUCGCCAAUUCAAUGUUCAACGACGUUCUAACGUUACAAGUGGUGGAACCGAGCGGCACGUCCGACGUGCCGUUGCUGAAAAAGGGCAUAGCCUGGGAAUCGGACAAGAAGAUCAAAUUCAAGAAUCCCGACGGGAACUUGAAAGACGUUUUCAGCAAGUUCGCCAGGCCGAAGGCGUGGAAGAAGGACGUGUGGGAGCUGGAUCCCGACGACGACGAGAACAACGGCUUCCAGAACGAGGAUUUCAUCGUGUGGAUGCGAACGGCGGCGUUGCCGACGUUCAGGAAGCUCUACCGCAGGAUCGAUCACGACCAGGACGGGUACAACAAGGGCCUGCGGAGCGGCCAGUACAUCUUGACGGUCAAUUACAGUUACGACGUUAGUACUUUUAGCGGCUCGAAGAGGAUGAUAUUGAGUACCACCUCGUUGCUGGGCGGGAAGAAUCCGUUCCUGGGGAUCGCUUACAUCGUCGUUGGGUGCGUGUGCCUUCUGUUGGGCAUCGCUUUGUUGUUUAUUCACAUCAAAUGCGGAAAAAGCACUAGCGAAAUGAUCAAUGUCAAUCCGAGGACGCCGUAUCAAUAA